AUGGAAAAAGAAAAAGAGAAUCAUUUAUUAAAUUUAAAGGUUAUGAGGUUAAGUAAACCAAAUAUACCAACUAUCAAUCCAAUUCUAUGUGAAAAAGAUGAUUUAGCAUAUGAAUCAAUGGGAUUAGGUAGUAAUAGUGGUAGUAGUGGUAAUAAUAGUGGCAGCGGUACAUCAUCCCCAUCAUCACCAGGAUCAGCAGCUGUGGAACAACAAUUAAUCAAUGUUAGCUCAAAUACUGGAACUAAUGGCAUUGAAGGUUUGGGUUUAACCCCAAUGUUACAACUACAAUCUGGUGUUAUUUAUUUGGGUGAAGUUUUCUGUUGUUAUAUUAGUUUAAAUAAUCAUUCACCAUAUCAAGUAACCGAUGUAUAUUUAAAAGUUGAAUUACAAACUACAUCUCAAAGAAUUUGCCUAUUAGAUUCAGAGAAAAAUCCUGUACCAUCAUUUAGUCCUGGUUUUAGUUCUGACUUUGUUGUACAAAGAGAAGUUAAGGAAUCUGGUAUUAAUAUUUUAGUAUGUGCUGUAAAUUAUUCAUCUCCAGAGGGUGAACAAAAAAAAUUUAGAAAAUAUUUUAAAUUUCAAGUAAUGAACCCAUUGGUAUUAAAAACUAGAAUUCAUAAUUUACCAAAUAUUAUAUUUUUAGAAGCUUGUUUAGAAAAUGCAACCCAAGGAUCAUUAUUUAUUGAAUCAAUAGUAUUUGAUCCAAUUGAUUUAUUUACAUGUAAAGAUAUUAGUUUUGAAAAGAAUUUAAUAGAAAAUAAUAAUAGUGAUAUAGAUAAUAGUAAUAGUAAUAAUGUAGAUAAUAGUAAUAUAGAUAAUAAUAGUUUGUUAUCUAAAAUUAAAAUUUCAAACGAUAUUGUAUUUUUAAAACAGGGAUCAAGUAGACAAUAUUUAUUCCAAAUUAUACCCAAAGAUCCAAAUAAUAAUGAAACCAAAACAUCAGCAACAUUAGGUAGAUUAGAUAUUACAUGGAGAUCUUAUUUUGGUGAAAUUGGUAAAUUAAAGACAGCCGGUAUUCAAAGAAAAUUAGGAAAUGAAGAUAUUGAAGCAGUACUAUCCAAUAUACCCCAAUUAAUCAAAUUAGAGAAACCAUUCAAUAUUACAGCCAAAUUAAUAAAUAAAAGUAACCGUACAUUGUAUCCACAAUUUGUUUUAAUUCGAAAUAAAAUGGAUGGAAUUAAAAUAAAUAGUCAUUUACCAAAAAUUGAACCUAUUUCUCCAAACUCUCAAGUUAGCAUAAAUGUUGAAAUGUUUCCAUUAAAACCUGGUAUGCAACAAAUUACAGGUUUAGCAAUAAAGUUGAUUGAUCCACCAAUGCAACAAAUAACUCCAGCAUUAGUACAACAACAGCAACAACAGCAACAACAACAACAGCAACAACAACAACAGCAACAGCAACAACAACAACAGCCACCAUUACCAACACCACAAUCACAACAGCAACAACAACAACAAUUUAAAAACUACUAUGAAUUUACUAGCUCUGAUAUCUUUGUUGAGUUUGAAGAUGAAAAAUUAGUAGAUAUAUAA